GUCUAUCAAUGCAGUUAAUCCCCGUUUAACAGCCACCGAUCAACAGUAAACUUCACAUGAACGAGGCGUAAAGCUCAAAUUUACAAACGAACAUCGACGUUACCACCGUCAUUCUUGUCUUUAUUAAUACCCUUCCUAGAUUCUAUUGCUAGCGUUGCGCGCGCUUAACAUAUCCACAGCCCCUCCUUAUCUUCUCUGGAGGCAUACACCAUCAUAAUCAAAGGAUUCUUCUCAGUCCCUACCACCCGUGGAAAGCUUUUAGUCUACUCAUAAUUCGCUCUCAUACAUUGGACGACCUGGAUCCGUACCGAGCUUUCUAUUCGACUACUCCCCAGGAUGCCGAAACACGCUUACUCGGCCGUCACGGUCACCAUUGAUCGCCUCACAGCUGAACAGUACGAAGAGAAUGAUAUUGCAGGUCUCGUAGACCUGAUCGAAGUUAUCAGGAUACAGGAGUCGGGUCCUACCGAAGCUGCUCGAGCCCUCCGUAAGAAACUUAAAUAUGGAAAUGCGCAUCGCCAACUGCGUGCUCUCGUCAUUCUUGACGGUCUGAUUCAAAACGCCGGCACCAGAUUCCAAAAGUCAUUUGCUGACGAGCCACUGCUCGAGCGCCUCAGACUUCUCGCCAAGGAUGAGAUGGUGGAUUCAGACGUUCGUCAAAAGGUCAAUGUGCUCUUUCGACAAUGGGCAGUUGCAUACAAAACUACGCCAGGAUUGAGCGGCAUUGCAACACUCUAUAAGCAGCUCCCACGCACGAAAAGGCCUCAACCUCAGCAAUCCAAAGUCGUUCGCGAGACAGAAGCAGAAGCACAUGAUGAGGAUCAUUCUCCGCCAUCAUCGCCCCAGCCUGCUCGACGGGCUGCUCCAGCUCCUCCAUCGUUCCCACAUGGAUCGUCAUCAUCAGCUGGUAGAACAGUCGCACUCGGCUCAGCUCCUCUUCCCAACACAUCACUGUUCAAGAAAGACAAGAAGGGAAAAUCUAAGCCAUUCAAUCUUGAAAAGGAAAAGCAUCAACUUCUCGAGACGAUUGCGUCCGCUACAGUUGCGAGCACUAGUUUGAUGAAUGGAAUGCAACUGAUCAAUCGUGAGGUCCAGCGCGUUAGCGAAAACCCUGAAGUUGUAAAGCGAUUUGAGACGUGCAAAGUUCUUCGGCGACAGAUUCUGCGCUAUAUCCAACUCGUGGAGUCGGAACAGUACAUCGGCAGUCUUUUGAGUGCUAACGACGAACUUGUCAAAGCCCUAAUGGCCUACGAGAUCAUGGACAAGAGCAUCGACGACGAUAGCGACAGUGACCAUGAAGACCCAGCGCCACCUCCAAGGGUCGCAACCCGGAGCCCCGAAGCGGCCAUGGCAAAUCUACAAAUAGACGAAGCUCCUCCAGCGAAGCCACCGAGGCCUACCAGUAUCCCAAUGCCACCUGUCCCUGCUCCGGCAACUGGCAAACAGCGUGCAGAUCCAGAGCCCGAAGAGGAUGACGACGAUCCUUUCAGUGAUGCUAAUGUGGUACAGACCCCCUGGGAAAGGGGCGAGCCUACAUGGAGAGAUGUUUAAUAUAGGCACUCCUUCGUUUCCCUCAAAUGUUGAAUAAGUCAUAGGCUUAUUUUUCUUAUGCUCUCAUGGCUAUAUCCUUGGGUACCUUGGGUUCGGAUUUCGACACGAACGGAGCUGGUGUAUAGAACACGGAUUUCCUACUUGUAAUUGCUGUCGACCGGGCAUUUCCAGUAUCGACAAUGUUGAUUUGAAAGCGCUCAUGACGAGCCACAAAUUACUCAACAAUGAAUACCAUAUCACCAC